AAUGCAAGUUUCAACAGAGACUGACAUCACCUGCAAACUGUCCGAGGUUCAGAUGCAGAGUGGGUACCCGGGGGCAUCUGGCGCCAUCUCGCGGUGGAAGUGUAAAACACAAGCGGUGCUCUGGUUCAGAUAUUUUCACUUUCUGUUCUGCCGAAGCGGGCCGGCAAGUGUCAACGCCGGAACCAUUUUCCCCCACUGGCAGCUGAGCGUAGUUCAAACAUAUCUGGACAUGGAUCCGGAGGAAGCGACGCGCACAUGCGGCCGAUGCCACAAAGACGUUGCAGAGGCCAACUUCGCUCUGCACGAAACGCACUGCAGCCGCUUCUUGUGUCUCUGUCCCGACUGUAAUGAAGCCGUUCCCAAAGAUCAACUGAGCCAGCACAAAGAGGAGCAACACACCCAGGUGAGGUGCUCCGAGUGCAACCAGAAGAUGGAACGUUGCCGCCUAGUGGAUCAUCAGUCCGAUGAGUGCGUGGAGCGUCGAGAGUGCUGUCACUUCUGCGAGCUGGAGCUGCCGUGGAAGCAGCUAGACGAACACCAGCUGGUGUGCGGGAGUCGCACCGAGCUCUGCAGGGACUGCGGUCGCUACGUCACCCUGAGGGAUCAGGCCAAGCACGGCUUGACUUGCUCAGAUACUGUCAAUGGCUCGGGUCCUCCUCAGACUACUAGUGAAAAAACAGCGAACAACACAACAUUAACAGUGAACUGUGGCAGAUGUAAGGCAUCGAUCCCACGUGAGGAGAUGGUGAAACAUGAGUGGGAGUGUGUUCCAGCGGACAGGUCUGAUGAUGGAGAGGAUGAGCCAGAGGAGGAGGAGGAGAAGGAGGAGGAAAAUCUCUACAGAGGAGGGGCCACUGCUGCCAGUCUCAGCAGCGCCUACAAGGCAGCCUCCCUGACAGACAGACCCAGCGGCGGUGACCCAGACCAGAUUAGCACCUGUCCCCACUGCCACCUGGCCCUGCCCCUGUUCACACUGCGUUGGCAUGAGGUGAAGUGCCAAAUCCACAUUCUCUUAAAGUAAAGAGAGAGAACUCCUCAGAAUGGAUACGCUGCUUCAGUGAUCUUUGAUAAAUGUUUCAAGAAUAGAAGAAGAAGAAGAAGAAGAAUAUGGGCUGUUGAAAUGUCAUUUUAUAACCAGCCUUCAUCAGUUUCUCAUACUUUCUUGAAUGUCUACAUUUUGCUUUUAGUGUUGGUCACUUUUAUUUUUAGUUAGUGUUCACAUGACUUGCAGUGUGCUCACAUGAAGAGAAAGUGGUUCAGAAUAUUAUCAUCUGUAAGUGAAUUUAACACUCCUGACAACUUUAUAAUGUAUCUGUUUUCCAAUACAAAUACAGCUACUUUACAGCUCAUGCUAGUUGCCUUUUGUAAACCUUUGAAUAGAAUGUUAUGAGAAGAACUAUCACAGCGAGCAUUUUUCAGUGUCAGGGGCCACUAUUCAUCUGAAGAAACACCACCGCUCAUCCAUUUUAGUUUGUAUAGAAUUGUAUCAGGUGA